AUGCCAUCACUGCACCAGUAUGUGGAUAUUCCCACGAGGAAGCAAAACACGCUGGAUCUGUGUUACGGGAACAUUUCUGAUGCGUUUGUAGCUCGGGCGCACGCACCACUCGGCUUCUCCGACCACAAUGUUGUUGUUUUGAUCCCGCACUACCUGACGGGGCUGAAACGCGCUAAGCCAACCAUCCACAGCGCCAGCGUGUGGUCGGAGGAUGCAAUUGCGCAGCUUCAGGGAUGCCUGGCGUGCACUGAUUGGGAUGUAUUUCAAGGGGACCUGGAUAACAAGUCGACCACUCUGCCGUCUGUGAAGAGCUGCUCAGUGCCCUGCCCCUGGACACCCCAUCACAGCCCCCAUUUACGGAGGGGGAUGUACACCUACAACUUAGCAGAUGCUCCUGGUUGCGGUGUGCAGUUUGUAGUGGUGAAACUGUUGUGCGCUGAGGCCACAUGUGAGAGUGAGACAGGAGCAGGGCUUUGA